AUGGCACAAGCUGCCCUGAUUACAGACGAUAUCAAGGCUCUGGAGCAGACGCGUCAGCGCCUGUACCAGUUGAAGAGCAACAUUAUCUCUCUACAGACGGAUGUUAUGCGCAGUAACCCUCUUCCGCAGUGGUCAUCCCUCCAAGCCUCCAUAUCCAUUCUUGUCACCAAUAUCGAAACCCUGACCACGCACCUCUCGAAGAAUGCCGACCAAUUAAACAGAACCGUUGUUUACCCAUCCACCAACUAUCCUGGCCGCACACAAGAAGCUUUACUAGGACAACUGCUACGUAAGAAAUUGGAACCGUCGGUGGAGGGCUGGGUUGCUGAAGGACGUGCUAUUCAAGACGAGGCCGAGCAGAAGGGCGGGGAUGAAGAGGAGCUAUGGGACUGGGCAAGGUCAUGGCUAGGUCCUCGUCUCCAGAAGUAUGCUAUGCAGGAAUCGUCGGACAAUUACACGGCAGAGGAGAGAGCGGGAGGCAUUGAGAGUGUGAAUACUGGACUACGGAGAAAGCUGGAGGACAAUCAUCAUGACAGUGACGAGGAAGACGAAGAGGACGAGGACGAGGAUGAUGAAAUGGAGGAUGUGACUACAGAUACAAAAGGAGCAGGCUCGAGAGACGGACAGUUUGGGAUGGGAGAGGUCAUGAGAGAUCCUGCUGGGAAGGCACGGAGUGAGGAUGAUAUUCUGCGGUUUGCAAUGAGUGGGGCGGUCCUGGAGGGGGUACAGGGGAUUCGAAGGUGA